AUGGCAACUCUGGUUAUGACGUUGCCCAUGGCAAAUUAUUUGGUUAAUAAAUGCAACGCAGAAUAGGACAUACAAGCAAUUUGGUUUUAAGUGAAAUUGGCUUUACGAAUAAAAGUGCAUGACGCAAUAUCAUGGCUGUUAGUAUAUUGAGUAGAUUCAAGUGGACAUCUUUUCGUUUAUUGGGCUGUAUCAUAAAUUCACCAGAAGUUUUUUGUAAACCAAUUUCUGAACCUCAUAAUACAAAUCAGCGGAGUUCGCGAUCCAUUUAUUUGCAUAAGAUGAGACAUUUUUGUAACAAAAGUGAAAGUUCUUUCACCGACUUCGCAAAUUCAAUACCAAAAGUAGAGCAUAAUGCACACGAUCAACGUUUUUUUGUUAAUGUAAACGGAGUUGGAUGUGCAUACUUAGAAUAUGUCCGUGACGACAAGCUCAUAAAACUUUUGCAUACAGAAGUACCAACCUCACUGGGUGGAAGAGGAAUUGGAAAACGAUUAGCCAAGGAAGCGUUGGACUAUUCAAUUAAAACUGGUCUUCAGAUAGAAAUACAUUGCGAGUUUAUUCUUGAUUUCGUAUCAAAGAAUCCUUCUCUGUACCCUAAAUUUAAAAAAUAAUAAACGCAUUCGAUUUGGUUGAAAUUAAGACAUAUUAAGGAGUGCUUUUUUGUCCUAUUUUGUAGAGUGAGUAUAAUGGAUAUCCAAGAUUUUGAGAAUCUCUUACUAUACUAUGGACGAUCGGAAUUUUUUCACACUAUGCAAAAGUUUGCUUUAGAUGGGUUAGCUAAAUACCCAACCCAUAUCGCAUUCCGCUUGUACAACGGUAUUGCAUUAGUCUUAGGCAAUAGAAUGCAGGAAGGAAUUCGUGAAUUGAACCCUUUGAAAAACGAUGCAGAACUUGGUGUUGGCACCGUGAAGGCUCUAAUAUAUGCCCAUAAUCGGUGUAGUGUGGUUGAUAGAGAAGCAAUACAAAUUUUGGAACAGCGUAUGAGAGAGGACAGGGCCAAUGUGAAUGCAAAUGGCUUCUACUACGGCGCGGUGUUUCUCUUUUUGACAAAAAAUUUUACCAAAGCACGAGAGUACAUCGAUAAGUGCCUCAGGAUAAACAGCGACCACGAGUCAGCGAUUGUACUUAAAGCAUGGAUAGAUAUGCUACAAUAUAAUGCUAAUGUAAGUGGAAAUGUAAUGCAUACACUUGAGCAAAUAUUAACAAACUCAAAAAGCAUAGAUGCUACCUUAGCGUUGGUUCGAUUUUUUCAAUUGCGAGGCCAGUUCGAAAAUGCAAAUAGCACACUUAUUAAACUUUCGAUAAAAUAUCCUCAACUUAACAUACCACUUGUCGUUAAAAUGGAAACACAGUUAGCAGCACUGGAUUGGGAACGAGCUUACGAAACUGCUUUGCGUAUUAUAAACUUGGAUCCCACUAAUAUUGCGGCACUUCGAAUUAAAGCUUAUAUGUUGGUGGUGCGUGAGGGUAACGUCAAGGGAGGUAUUUCAACUCUUCAGCAAUUACUCGUAGCCACAGAUCGUGUGGAAUCAGGAAAUUCGAAACUGUUACUGGAAAUUUGCAAACUGUUUGCUCGCAUUAGCUCACGUAAUGCGGAGAUGCUGGCAUUAACGUUACGCUUCAUCGACAAGCUCAUUCAAGCUAAUCCCACAUCGGUUGAGUGUAUAGUGGAAUUAGGAAAUCAACGCAUGCUGCUUGGAAAUAUCAAUGAGGCAUCUAUAUGCUAUCGUUCAGCAACAAAAAUUGAACAUAACAACUAUGACGCACUAUGUGGCUUAACCUUAUGUCAAUUAUUAAAAAAUGGAAAUUCGGAUGAAAUAUCUCAACAAGUGGAGUUUUUAGAUAACUUACAGCCUGGCGAUUUGGAUCCAUUACUGCUUCUUAUAAAAGCAAAAGCCACAAAUGUGAGUGAGGAAGCAAUAGCACUUCUUAACAAAGCCAUAGAUCGACAUAUGGGUGAACUGGAGGGCACAUUAUAUGGAUAUGAGUAUUUUUUAAAAUUAGAUCCCGACUUUCUUUUACAAGUUGCAAAAGAACUCCUUCGUCACUCACCAUUGCAAAUGAAUGUCAAGCAGGGUAUAAAUUUAAUGCAGGAUGCAGUCCAUAUAAGCUUGAAACAUUGCAUUUCGAUUUUGGAUGUUAUUCUAAAAUUUUGUCCUGCUCAUAUACACGCUAACUAUAUAAGGGCUGAGGUUCACUUCCUGUGUGCUGAGACUAAUUUCGCACACUCUCUAUUGCAACGCAUAAUUAAUGAAAUUGAUUCCACAUACACCGACGCUUAUCUUCUUCUCGCCCAAAUUCAAAUACAAAACCAACAAUAUACAAAAGCAUUACAAUAUUUGGAAAUGGCCCUGUCAGUUAAUUUCGCCGUUCGCGAUGAUCCGAAGUAUUUUCUUCUCUUGGGUAUUGGGCAACGACAACAACAGCAAUAUUCAGAAGCACAAAAGAGUUUUAUAUCAGCUAUGCAUAUUUUGGGAAAAGACAUAACAACAGAUUCUAGGAUUCCUGUUAAAAAGCGAGAUCAAAAUUUCCUUAUUGAUAAUUUCACUGUUGCUGAUAAAGUCACACUGUACUUGGAACUUAUAAGUACCUACAAAGACAUGGGUGAUACCCAAGGUGUCUAUGAGAGUGAACGCUUAUUACAGUCUGCAAUGGAGGAAUUUAACAACACGACAGAAGAAGGUCGAUUAAUUAUAGCACAUGCUGAAUUUAUGCUGCAGAAUUCAAAUGUCAAAAAAGCAAUAGAAUUACUUUCUGCAAUACAGCCGGGACAAUCUUAUUAUAUACAGGCGAAAACUCAUUUAGCAAAUAUCUUUUUGCACAACCGAAAAGAUCGCGUGGCAUUUGCAUCAUGCUUUAAUCAAUUGGUUGAGUCGUGUCCCGAACCUCAAAGUUAUCUGUUGCUCGGAGAAGCGUAUUUUUCUAUUCAAGAGCCGGAUCUUGCAGUUGAUGCAUACAGAAAAGCAUUUGAGAUUAAUCCACAAGAUUCGCAUUUGGCAAACAAAUUAGGACGAGCUUUUGUCAAGACUCACCAAUAUACGAAAGCCAUUACAUUUUAUCAACAUGCCAUAAAAUCCCAUUCUUCUUUAAGUUUGAAUUUGGCUGAAUUAUACUUAAAGUUAAAGCAGUACAAAAAUGCCCAAGAAAUUUUGAAUGAAAGUGAAGACAAGAAAGAAAUAGACCUUUUAGACACUGAUAGCUUGCAGCUUAGAACCAAACGCCUUUUAUUGCUUGCACGCGUUCAUGAAAAGGCUGGUAACAACGACCUUACUCUGGACAGUCUUAAAAAAGCUAAAGAAAAUCAGUAUAUCAUUCAUAAGCGUGCCUCAAUACAUCAGGCUGGUAAACUUCACGAUCACUACAAAAUGUUAUCAAAAAUAUGCUUAUUAAUUGCCCAACAUUGCACAAAUGUUCGUAAUACGGAAAUGGCAUUGGCUAAUUUUAAGGAAUGUCUUAAAUAUGAUCCAAAUGACAUUGAGGUUUUAAAACCACUCAGUCGCGUGUACAUGCAAAUGAAUGCAAUGGAUUUGUGCCGUGACGUCUGCUUGCAAAUACUUCAAAUAGACAGCAAUAACGAGGCUGCCUCGGUAAUGAUGGCUGAUUUAUCAUUCCGUAAGAUGGAUUUUGAGAAUGCGGCUUACCAUUUCUCACAACUCUUGUUGACUCAACCUUGUUAUUGGACUGCAUUGGCUAGACUAAUUGAAGUUAUGAGACGUUCAGGAACUCUAGCGGAUGCAACAUUGUUUUUGCAAAAGGCUGAGCAAAGUUUGACAAAUUCAGACCUUUCUCCUGGAUUAAAUUACUGUCGAGCUCUUUACGAUUGGUACAAUGGUAACCCCAAUGGCGCUCUUCGUAGUUUUAAUGCCGCACGAAGAGACAGCGAAUGGGGACCACAAGCAAUAUUCAACAUGAUUGAAAUAUGUAUAAACCCAGACGGAGACAUUCCCAACGGCAACGAGUUGUUGGAACCAGAUGAUAAUGGGGAAUUAAGUGAUGCACGCGUGAUUGCAUUAAAAACAGCAGAUCGAUUACUGAAAGAAUUACGCCCUCGCCCGACUGUUAUGAGUAACGAAGCCAUAAAUCAUAGACUUUUAAAAAACUUUCUAAAGUUGGCAUCUAAACAAAAGUUCCAGAUUGAUUCUGCAUUGCAAGAUUUUAUUGAGUUAGCUAAUCGAGAAGAUUUGCAGGGCAGUGUUGGACCGGUCCUCGGGAUGGCUACCGCUUUCGUUCUUACAAAACAAACUCAGCGAGCAAAAAACUGUUUAAAGCGGUUAGCACGAACAACAUGGAGUUUUGAAGAAGCUGAAUAUUUAGAACGUAGUUGGUUGUUGCUUGCCGAUAUAUACAUCAGCUCAAACAAGUGGGAUGUCGCGGAUUCUUUAGUCGGAAAAGUGCUAGAACAUAACAAAUCUUGUGCGAAAGCUCAUGAAUUGGCUGGAUAUAUAGCAGAGAAGUCCCAACUUUACCGUGAUGCUUCUAAGCAUUAUCGUAAUGCAUGGAAUUGUUAUGGAAAGUCUAAACCCCAUAUUGGAUAUAAGUUGGCGUACAAUUUCAUGAAAACAAAACAAUACGCUGAGGCAAUUGAGAUAUGCCAACAAGUUUUGAAAUUGCACUCUGACUAUGGAAUAAUACGCAAAGAUAUUCUUGAUAAAUGCCGCAAUCAUUUAAGAACAUAAGUAAAAUUAUUAAUAAAUACACUAGUAUCUAGGUUGGCGGAGUCGGCCGACUCUCAUACUGUCAUCUGUCAUUGUUUAUUUUAUUUACCCUUCAAGCCGAUUUUCUCGCUUAUGCUUACUAAGCGGCUUGCCUUAUCCCUGUUGAUUUUGGUCGAAUGUAAAACGAUUUCAGUUUUGUGUUCUUCUGCAAAAGGAUUCCGCAAUAAAAAUGUCGGAUUGAUUUCUAUUUCGCUUUUCUUUCCAUUCAAAAGAACUUUUUUUCUCAGGAAAGCUUUAAAAAAUAAAAAAAUUAUGUUUUUUUUAA